GGUGCGUGACCUGAAAAAGAACGGGAUUUAUAGGCGACGUUUCGGGCAAUGGCCCAUCUUCACGGCACAUGAAUAAAGUGCACAAGAUAUGUCCAUCUCGGGAUGACAUUGAAUGGAAGAAUUCUCCAAAUAUCCCUCUGAAAGGCAAUGAGAGGUGAUCCGUGGUGAUGAGGAUGAGAAUGAUGAUGACUAUGAUAGUGGUGGUGAAGACCGAAGGAUCAUAGUGUGUGUUGUGAGUCUGGGCACCUCAGAGACAGCUGCCCCACAAAAACCACUACAACCACCACCACAACCACCACCGCAACCACCUUUCUCCGUCUCGCUAAUCUCCAUCACCACCCACCAACGAGACCCCUGACGAUCCCACCAUCACCAACGUUGCCAUAACGACCACCACCGCUACCGUCACUAUCACCACCAUCCAUCCACCUAUCAUCACCACCACCUCACCAAGCAUUGCUAAUCAAACUUAAUUUGGAGCUUUCGUGACUGCAGGAAUUACUCUUUGGUUCUUUCGAUAAAGUCACGUAUAAAGAUAAAAUAAUAAAUUUAUCCAUCACCUACCACCACCAUCACCACCACCACCACCUCGCCCAGCAUCUCCGAUCUUUAUCCAUCACUCACCACCACCACACUAAGUACGUGGAAGCCUAUCACCACCACCAUGGACUCGAACUCAUCUUCAUCAUCUUCCGUCUCCGGCACGCUCAUCUUGAUCGCUGGCCUGCUGCGUGAGCCGGCCGGCACGCGGCCGCUCGUCUUCACCGUCGUCCUCUUCUUCUACUCCGUGGCGCUCGUCGGCAACCUGCUGCUGUGCGCCGCCAUCUACCGGGACGUGCGCCUCCACAGGCCCAUGUUCAUUCUGCUCGCCAACCUGGCCAUCAGCGACAUCGUCGGCUGCUCCGCCACGCUGCCGCGCAUCAUGCACGACCUGGUGGCGCCCAACUUGAUCUCGGUGGGCGAGUGCAUCACCCAGAUGCUCGCCAUCCAGUUCUACCGCGCGCUCGAGUGCUACGUGCUCACGGCGAUGGCGCUCGACCGCUACGCGGCCAUCUGCAGGCCGCUGCACUACCACGCGGUCGUGACGAACGGGCGUGCGGCCGCGGCCAACGCGGCCGUAGUGGUCGUGUCGGCGCUGCUCGUCUCCGUGCUGCUCAUCCUCACCUCGAGGCUCAACUUCUACAACUGCGACAGGCCCAAGGCCGUGUACGCGGCGCAGUGCGAUAACGUGCAGCUUCUGAACUUUGCGUGCAGCGACGGCACGGCCAACAACGUGUACGGCCUCGUGCUCACCUCCUGCACGGUGGGCCUGUCGCUGGCCGCCGUCUCGUUCUCCUACGCGAGCAUCAUCUACGAGUGCCGCUUCCGCGGAACGAGCAGAGACACGGCGGCCAGCAAGGGCCAUCAGAAGGCCAUGCAGACGUGCGUCACCCACCUUCUCGUGCUCGCAGUCUUCUACCUUCCCGUCCUCUUCCUGGUCACCUACAAUCGCGUGGACAAGUACCUGCCCAUCCCGGACGCCGCUCGACAACUCCUCGGAGGGCUCUUCUACCUCGCCCCGCCGGCGCUCAACCCCAUCAUCUACGGGGUGCGGACCAAAGAGAUCCGCAAGGCAAUGCUCAGGAUCCUGUGCUGCAAAUUUGGACGCGACUCUGUGACGCCAGGCGACGAAGGGCACUAG